AUGAAAGAAGCUCAAAGCUCAACUCGCCAUCUCUGCACACUUGUUGAGGAACUGCUGAGAAGUAACCAGGACCUUGCAAGUCGUAUCAGAGGGCUUGAGCGAGAAGGUUCUAUUAUUGCCGAGUCUAGGAAGGAUGACGUCUCUACGCUUCGACAGACACGAGGCUCAAAGUCUGUUUCGUUCAUCGAUACACAGGCUUCCGCCAUUAAAUUCACAUUCGACCAGGAUCUCCAGGCAUCUCGAGUGUAUAACCGCGCCGUAGGUAGACAAUCUAUGACGUCUCUUACCAGCACUGCCUUGUACACGACUGCGCUAUCUCUAUUCUCUAACUUGAGUCUCUCUCAAGUGUCCAACAUCUCUUUCUACGCGUUGCCAGUUUACUCUAAUGAUUUGAGUAACAGCGACUGCUAUGUAUUUGGCGAGGAAGGCGCUCUGGUAAAGUCUGAUAGUUCUCAGGCUCCCGAGUCUUCCCCCUCGCGAGAAAAGGCACGAAAUAGACCAGAUAACAUCCUUCCACCAACGAACCAGUCUCAGGCACCUUCGCGGCUACUCGGACGCUUUGCGAGAAGGCGUAAGACGCCAGCGGUGAGCGCACCGGCAAAUCCUGUCCAUGUUACUCACGCUGGGUUUGACAACUUAACUGGGCAGUUUACUGUAUGUUAUGGCCUUGUGCUUUAUGAAAGUGUGCUCUCUACAGCUAUAACAAGCCGGCUAACUGUAUUUAGGGUCUACCUCAAGAGUGGCAGAGGUUAA